UCUGUUACUCACUCCGUCUCCAACUUUGAGAGGAAGUUACCACCUCUUCCUCAGACUCUGUACACACACGCUGAGGCAGACACAAACACACACACACACACACACACACACACACACACACACUCUUCAGGACUUGACCACAGCAGCAACAAGGAAUCAACUGAAAAAGUCAGGACUGCUUGUAAUGCUGUGCUUCUUUCAAAAUUUGGAGGGAAACAAAGCUGACAUUUGCAUUUUGCCUGAAGCUCUCUGGACUGAAGAGGCACGUUACUUGUCAUCACAGCCCGGGGUGGCCAAACGAACUGUUUAGCCUGAGGACCAAAGAUCACAGGCCCUGAUCCAACUGCAAGGGAGAGAAGCGUGAUCCUUUUGCAUCCAUUCUCCAUUCCACUAUGAGCUCGGACUGAGGACGUGCUUCAUAAUUUCAUUGUGUGGUGUGAAAGAAUUUGAGUAAAGAUCACCAUGGAUGUGAAGAAAAAAGAAAUGGACCUCCUGAGCAACAGCAUAGCUGCAUAUGCACACAUCAAAGCAAACCCAGAGAGCUUCGGCCUUUACUUUGUGCUUGGAGUGUGUUUCGGCCUGGUGCUCACACUCUGCCUCCUGGUCAUCCGCAUCUCCUGCAAGCCGCGGACCAACGUCGCCCCCUCCACGCCUGAGAAAAAACACUUAAAGGACAUCAGCGAAGAGGACGAGGAGAGUGAGGACGAUGAAGAUGAAGACGGGGACGAUGCAGAGGCACCUAUCUCCUUGCCGAGUACAGAAAUCCCCGUUGGUAAUCACACCAUCCAAUCGAAUGGGACACUGAGUGUGAACGUGUUUACUUCAGCUGAGGAGCUGGAACGGGCACAGCGACUGGAGGAGAGGGAACGUAUCAUACGGGAGAUCUGGAGGAAUGGCCAGCCUGAUAUCCUGGGGUCGGGAACUGGGACUAUCGGAAGAGUGCAUUACUACUAAGAUACAUGAGGCUUCAAGGGAAACACUGUGAGCUCUGUGAAGGACAGACAUAGACCUUUGUGUGGGCCUGAUGUCCCUGAAGCCUGUGAGACUUGAUACAAUGCAACAUCUUGGAAACAGGACAGCAGUGAUGUGACAAUACUCAGCUCUGACAGAGCUCAACUAUGUGAUAUUGCACUUCCCAUGUAGCAAUGUUAUUUUCAACUGACUGCAGGAAAUUUAAACCAAGAGGUGUCUUACAGACUGAUUAUUCCAUAUGGAAAAGAUGCAGUAUGAAUGUGGGAGCUGGUGGACACUUGAAGUAAUCAGUCUUUUUUAAAAUGCAUGGCGCUUAAUGACAAAAAUGCACACAACUAUAGGUUUAUGUAUGUAAUAAGUAAGUGGAAAAUGGAAGCAUAUAAGCGUAUGUACUGUAUUUUGCAAUGAAGAUUUUUUGUUUGCAGGGAGGACAAUUGUCCUCUAGACUGAUGAGUUUGUGGGGGAAAGAAAACAGUCUCAGGAGUACUGUUAAAGGAAAUUACAUCGUUUGAAAAAACAGACAUAUCAAUCCAUUUGGGAGGGCGGGGGGGCAGAUUACACAGGAUAAUGUAAAGACAAUUACAAUUGGAGUCUAAUUUAUUAGUACAUUAAAUCCAUGUCUGUGUUUUCAGGGAUAAUUCCACCAAAGGAAAUUACAGAAUUAAAGUAUUAUGCUGAAAGUAUUCGCUGUUGUUUCUCUUCAUAAUGCUCAGAUGUACAGGCCUACCACAGAGCUCAUUGAAUCUACCUUCAGGCCAUGGCUUUAUAAUCAAAAGAAAGAGAGACAAAGAGAACAUUUGCUAAUAAGAUUAAUGGAAAGGUCAUUUCUUUUUGUAAUUUCUGCUUAAUGUUUAAUUUCUGGGAGCUUCAAAAUGACAGUAAAUGUUUUUACAAGGCUUUAUUGGAGUCAGACAUUAGGGUUGUAAAAGAGAAGAUGUUCUGAUAACACAGAGAAUGGGAUAAAAGGGUUAUAUGAAAUUAAUGUCCUAUUCUUUUUUUAAAAAGGAAAAACAACUUGAAAAUGGCGGAAAGUCUGAAAGCCAAGGAGACAACUCGGUCCCGGCUGUAGCCUUCAGUAUAUCAAGCGCACCUUUUGAGUAAAUGCGGUGCUCGCUUCGGACACGUUUACCGACUGAAAGUCCAACCGUGUUACCUGUGUUACCUGUUACUAAAGGGAAGUUAUUAUGGAUUAAAAAAGUGUAAAUGCG